AUGCCUGUUUAUCUGUAUGAUGUAAUUGACGUGAUAGAUCGUGGUCUUGUCUUCGAUCCGAAUUCUCAAAAUUAUAAGUUCACAGGAAGUCAUACCGAAAUGCAUUGUCCUAACCAAAAAUGUGAUAAUGAUGACAAAAAAAUUAGUUCUGCUUUUAUAGCAUUUCUAGCUUUCUUUAAUGUUGAGGGUGUUGAUGAGAAUUUAGAUAGUGAUAAAAUUGCUGAAUACGCUAUUUUAUGGUUAGGUCACAAACUGAAUCAAAAAACAGAAUAUGGAACCACCACAUUAAGCGAUUUUUAUACUAAGCAUAUAGAAACAAAUAAUCAUUAUAAUCAGAAAAUAUUUGGUGAUAAUAAUAAGAUUAAAAAGGAUAUUAUAGAAAACAAAAUAGAAUCGAUGAAUAUCGAUAUUAAAGAUAUAUUUAAUUUUUAUGAAGUAUUUAAAUUAUUAUGUAAGAUGGAUAAUGAACUUGGUAAAAACAAAGGCAAACGCAAUAUAUGUUUAAAAAGUGUUGGAGAAUUUUAUGAAAAAUAUGAAAAACUUAAAAAUGGUUUAGAUAUUAAUAAAGGAAGUUCUUAUUUACAACUAUUGUCUAGUUUAUCAAAAGAUUAUGACAAAUUUAAAGAGAAAUAUAAAAAAGUAUGUAGUGAUAACGAAUUUGUUGAAGCUUGUUUACGAAGUCCAGUGACAAAAAGUCCAAUGACAAAUUGUCCAGUGAUAAAUUGUCCAGUGAUAAAUUGUCCAGUGACAAAUUGUCCAGUGACAGAAAGUCCAGUGACAGAAAGUCCAGUGACAGAAUGUCCAGUGACAAAAAAUACACUAAUUACAAUUGGAAUUAUAUUUGUUGCAGCAUCAAUUUUAUUGGGAGUUUCUUAUAAGUAUUCGUUAUUUGGAUUUCGGAAACGAUCUCAAAAACAACAUUUAAGAGAAAAGCUAAAAAAGUAA